AUGAUGCCGCACAUUGCGUUGGUGGCCAUGGCUGUGCGAGACGAACAAUUGUUCGACGAUGCCGUGGACUGUCUCGUGGGAGUGUUCAACCGAUCGGAUAUAAACAAAUACCCCAAGUGUCUCAAUGAUAUGGUGGCGACUGUUCUGAGCCUGUCCGAUUCUAUAUUUAGGACCAUUGAGGAGGAGGAUGAGGAUGCAGCCAAUGGGAUGGUGUUUCUGUUGGUGACUGUAGUGGACUGUUUGAGGCCGAUGAUUGUCAAUCCCGAGUCCAGUGAGCAGAUACAAUGCUGCGCUCAAUUGCUAACCCUCCUGCUGGCCUGUGCGGAGUUUCCUGACACAUGCAUGAACGAGAGUGUGAGUCAGAGCACUCUGUCUGCGUUUGGAUUGGUCUCCGAAUGGAUCCGAGAGGAGUUUGUGGCCGGCCACGGCUUCUCAGAAGGGGUAUGUGUGGCAUUUGCGACAUCUCCCGUGUUUAGUUUACGAUCGUGA